AGUUUUGUUUCUCUUGCAGGUAGUCAACUGCUGGCGGUAGCGGGAUUUCGGGGCUCCCCGGUCCUGCUGGGAGAGUCCAGGAUCAGCUGUGGCUGGGCCUGGGGGCUACCUGGUCUCAUCUUUCCCACAGGCUCAGCACUUCCUACAGCCGGUCGCAUGUUUACGUUUGGUGAGUGUCUGUAAAGAGAACAAAGUGGAAGAAAAAAACCCUUCCCCUGGUAUCUAGUGCCUCCCACAAGCCAGAACGUACCAAACAUCCAGCAUGAACUCCAAAGACUCCUCCCCAACUCUGCUGGAAGCUCUGAGCAGCGAUUUCCUAGCCUGUAAAAUCUGCCUGGAGCAGUUACACACACCCAAGACUCUGCCAUGCCUACAUACCUAUUGCCAGGACUGUCUGGCACAACUGGACAUCGGUGGUCAGGUCCGCUGCCCCGAGUGUCGGGAGAUUGUGCCUGUACCCGCCGAAGGGGUGGCCGCCUUUAAGACCAACUUCUUUGUCAAUGGGCUCUUGGAUCUUGUCAAGGCCAGAGCUCCCGGAGACGUCCAUUCAGGGAAGCCAACUUGCGCUCUGUGCCCUCUGGUGGGAGGCAAGAGCUCUGGGGGACCCGCCACAGCCAGGUGCCUGGACUGUGCCGACGACUUAUGCCAGGCCUGUGCCGAUGGGCAUCGCUGCUCCCGGCAGACCCAUAAGCACCGUGUCGUUGACUUGGUGGGUUACAGAGCCGGGUGGUAUGAUGAAGAGGCUCGAGAGCGCCAGGCGUCCCAGUGUCCCCAGCACCCAGGGGAAGCCCUCUGCUUCCUCUGUCAACCUUGUUCUCAGUUGCUCUGCAAGGAUUGCCGCCUGGGUCCCCAUAUCGAUCACCCCUGCUUGCCCCUAGCGGAAGCAGUGCGUUCCAGGAAGCCAGGCCUUGAGGAGUUAUUGGCAGGUGUGGACAGCAAUCUGGUGGAGCUAGAAGCCACUCGGGUGGCAGAAAAGGAAGCCCUGGCCUUGCUUCGGGAGCAGGCAGCCAGUGUGGGGACUCAGGUGGAGGAGGCAGCUGAACGAAUCCUCAAGUCCCUGCUGGCCCAGAAGCAGGAAGUGCUGGGACAACUCCGGGCCCUUGUGGAGGCUGCUGAGGAGGCUACCAGGGAGAGGUUGACCAAAAUAGAGCGCCAGGAGCAGGUGGCCAAGGCGGCGGCUGCCUUUGCCCGUCGAGUGCUCAGCUUGGGUCUAGAGGCCGAGAUCCUUUCGCUGGAGGGAGCAAUCACACAGCGCCUGCGCCAGCUUCAGGAUGCUCCCUGGACGUCUGGGCCCACCCGCUGUGUGCUGCCCCAGCUAGAGCUCCAUCCCGGGCUCGAGGACAAGAACUGCCACCUGCUCCGACUCAUCUUUGAGGAGCCUAAACAAUCCCCGAAGGACAGCGGGAAGGGUGGGGCUGGUACCCAAGGAGGGGAUGAAGCUCAAGGCCAAGGGGACGAUAGAACCAAGAUAGGGAAGCAGGGUGGAGCCCAGCCCCUGACUCCCAAAGAAGGCAAAGACCAGAACCCCCAAGAAGAUGAUGGGGUCUUCAUCGAAAGGGGUAACAGGCCUAACAAGAAGAAGAAGUGCAAAGGCAGAGGCAAGUCUGUUUCUCGGGAGCCCAGCCCCAUCCUGAGGCCAAACCUAGAAGGUUCCGGCCUCCUCCCUCGGCCUGUGUUUUCCUGGAGUUUCCCCACGAGGAUGCCCGGGGACAAGCGCUCCCCUCGCAUCACUGGACUCUGUCCCUACGGCCCCCAGGAAAUCUUGGUGGCAGAUGAGCAGAACAGGGUCUUGAAACGCUUCUCCCUCAAUGGGGACUACAAAGGCACAGUGCAGGUCCCCGAGGGCUGUUCCCCGUGCAGCGUGGCUGCCCUGCAGAAUGCAGUGGCUUUCUCUGCCAAUGCAAAACUCUAUCUUGUCAGUCCUGACGGAGAAAUUCAGUGGCGCAGGUCCCUGAGCCUCACCCAGUCCAGCCACGCCGUGGCCGCAAUGCCAUGUGGAGACCGAGUAGCUGUCAGUGUGGCAGGCCAUGUGGAGGUAUACAAGAAAGAUGGCAGCCUGGCUACCCGCUUUAUCCCUGGAGGCAAGGCUAGCCGGGGCCAGCGGGCACUGGUGUUCCUAACCACCAGCCCCCAGGGCAAUUUUGUAGGGUCAGAUUGGCAGCAGAAUAGCGUGGUUUUCUGUGAUGGGUUAGGUCAGGUGAUCUGGGAAUACAAGGGCCCUGGGUUACAUGGCUGCCAGCCAGGUUCUGUGUCUGUGGAUAAGAAGGGCUACAUAUUUCUGACCCUUCGAGAGGUAAACAAGGUGGUGAUACUGGAUCCCAAGGGGUCACUUCUUGGUGACUUCCUAACAGCAUACCAUGGCCUGGAAAAGCCCCGGGUAACCACCAUGGUAGACGGCAAGUACUUGGUGGUGUCACUUAGCAAUGGGACCAUCCAUGUCUUUAGGGUCAGGUUUCCUGACAGCUAAAGCGGCUUUUGGCUGGGGUGGGGGGCAGGUGGGGAGGGAGGGAGGGAGGGAGGGAAGGAAAAAGGGAGGGAGGGAGGGAGGGAGGGAGGGAGGGAGGGAGGGCAUAAUAGAAGCAGAGCCACCUAUAGGAUGAGUUGGCCAAGGGCAUUUUCCCAACUAGCAAAAUGCUUGUUCCUUUUGUGAUGUACAGGGAUAGAAGCUACUAAGAGUAGUGUUGGCUGGCAAUAGCUUUGAGCACACAGCAGAUGCCAGCAGUCAACCAAACUGCUUGCUUUGGAACAAUUCCUGCAGCUAAGGCUGCUGCUGUAGUUUUAGGUGUUUUGAGAUUUAGAAGCCUGAUUCUUGAUUUGUAUUCUUCAGAACCAUUCCUGGGAUGGGGUCAGGACUCCUCUGUAAAGCACUUGCCUAGAACUCACCAAUGAGAGACUCAGUAGUAGAGUGCCUGCUAGGUUCUACCAGUGAGGAGUCUGGGCAUGGCUCACUGUAGAGGGCUUGUCUAGAAUGCACCAAUGAGGGUGGGGGCGUGGCUCAGUGGUAGAGCCCCUGCCUAGAAUCCCCCAAUGAGGGGCUGGGGGCGUGGCUCAGUGGUAGAGCCCCUGCCUAGAAUCCCCCAAUGAGGGGCUGGGGGCGUGGCUCAGUGGUAGAGCCCCUGCCUAGAAUCCCCCAGGGAGGGGUUGGGGGCGUGGCUUGGUCUUAGAAGACUUGGCUAGCCUGCUGAAAGUCCUGAAGUCAAUUCCCAGGCAUAUCUUCCUUCCUAAAAAACAAAAGAAAACAAAACAAAACCUUGGAGCAGGUGAAAGAGAAUCCUAAGGGAGAUAACAUAAGUCAUCCUCCAAGCAAAGGAAGACCAAGUAUACGUCAAGAUAUGUUAGGCAUGCUGGAAAGAAGGUGAGAACUGGCCAUUCUCAAGGGGAACAUGGGGUCAGAGGAGGCCAGAGAUCUCAGAACAACAAUAGCAUUGCCAAUCCAUCGGAGUAGAAACUCCCUCAAUGAAGUAUGGGGUCAGAGGUCAGGGGUCAGAGAGUGCAGGCACAAGCAGAAGUGGAGGUAUGAGAUCAAAUCCAGAUGCAGCAUCACACACACUCACACACACCUGUUAUCCCAGCACUUGGGAAGCUGAGGCAGGAGGAUUAUAUGUUUGAGCCCAGCCUGGGCUAUACGCAGAGACUG